CGGCGACUUCCUGGGGAGCCGGCCGGCGCGGGGCGGGCGCGGGGGGCCGCAGCGGAGGGACCUGAUGGCAGCGCCGGAGCCCCCGCCGGAGCCGCCCGUGGGCGAGGCGGGAGCGUCGCUGGCCCCGGAGGGAGCCGCCGCGGACUCGCCGCUGGAGCCGGGCGCUUCGCGCGGCCCCCCGGGCCCCGCGGCGGGGGCGACGGCUGCUCCCGCGGACGUGGGCGGCCCGGAUGCCAGCCGGGGGCUGCGGGCAGCUCUCACAGCCCCUUCCUUGAAGCCGCACGUGCCGGGGAGCUUGCUGGAGGGGGAUGCAGCCGGGGCAGGGACCCCGCUGGAGCUGGAUGCAGAUGGAGCCGAGAUCCCGUGGGAACUGCACGCAGGUGGAGCAGGGAUCCCCCUGGACGUGGACGUAGACGGGGCAGGGAUCCCGUGGGAAGUGCACGCAGAAGGGGCAGGGAUCCCGUGGGAAGUGCACGCAGCCGGGGCAGGGAUCCCGCUGGAUGCAGAUGCAGACGGGGCAGGGGUCCCACUGGAAGUGGACGCAGACGGGGCUGGGACCCCGCUGGCCGCCGAGGGCUCGGAGCACCGGUGCUUCACCCUCGAAGAGCUGGGCGACUACUUCCAAAAGUGCAUCGAAGCCGUAGAGCAGCUGGAGAAGGAGCGGGACAGCCUGAUCCGGGAGCUGGCGCUGCUGCGGGAGCCGGCCCUGCAGGAGAUCCGGCAGGCCCACGAGGAGAUCCUGGCCGCCUACAGGCUGCUGGCCAAGGUGGAGCUGGAGCGGGACAACCUGAAGGACGAGAUCCGGCAAAUCAAGCAGAAGCUGUUCAAGGUGACGAAGGAGUGCGUGGCUUGCCAGUACCAGCUGGAAAGCAGGCGGCACGACCUGGGCCAGUUCGCUGCCUACCGCGGCGAGCUGGAGUCCCGGGCCGGGCAGCUCUCGGAGGAGCUGGCGCGGCUCCGGGAGAGCUGCGAGAAGGAGAAGGAGGAGGUGAGGCAGCAGCUGGAGACACCGCCGAACCGGCGGGACAACCACUACCUGCAGGAGAGCCGCCGGCUGUCGGUGGCGUUCGAGAGCUUCGUGGCGGAGAGCCGCCGGGGGCUGGAGGAGCACUACGAGCCGCAGCUGCUGCGGCUGCUGGAGCGGCGCGAGGCCAGCGCCAAGGCGCUGCAGGAGGUGCAGGGGGAGAUGCAGGGCAUGAAGGAGGCCCUGCGGCCCUUGCAGGGGGAGGUCAGCCGCCUGCGGCUGCAGAACAGGAGCCUCGAGGAGCAGAUCGUGCUCGCCAAGCAGAAGCGGGACGAAGAAGUCAGGCAGUACCGGGAACAAGUUGAGGAGCUGGAAGACAGGUUGAAAGAGCUGAAGAACGGCGUCCAGCUUCAGCAGCGCAAGAAUCAAGAGCUGGAAGAGCUGAGGACCAGCCUCCACCAGGAGCUCUCCAUUUACAAGUUGCUCGUGCAAACAUGCCAUGGAAGGAUAUUCCCUACCACGAGGAGGGGCUGCUUAGAAAUCUAUGGACACCUUUGCAAAUCAGAAGAAAAAGCAGACCAAGACUAUUAGGAAUGAUGGACUUUCCCCCUUUUUAGAAAAAGUGAAGGACAGAGACAUCUGCAGGGGACACUUCCCUCUUGCUGCUUAUCCCACCUGAUAUACAGCAGCUGCCUAAAAUCAGGAAUACUAGAGAAUCAUUUGCUUGUUUGUAUUUCUUGAGGUUCUGCUGUUGAUCUUCUAAUAAAACUGCUUUUCCAGAGAGGAGCAGAGAAAAGUAUACUUGCACUGAAAAUACUCAUAUAUGAAGAAUAACAGAUGUAUGUUUUGCUGUGUUUGGAAAAUGUAUCUUGUCCUGUUCUAUAGAUGGAUUGUAUAAGCCUGUGCAGAAAGUAUUGUUCUGGAAGCCUGUGUUAGGGGUUUGAUUUUUAAAGUUUACAUGCAAGAGAAGCUUUAUCCUUUUAACAGGAUUUUCUUUUGUAGUUCAAUGGGUCUCUGCUGUAUUGUGACAUGUUCAACAUAAGCCACAAACUAAAAAUUGUGGAUACAUGGUUUCCACUUUACUCUAUGAAGUCUCACAUUGAAAAUAAAGACCAGAGUUUAAGAA